CGCGCUUUACGGCACCUUUUACAAGAGUCGCGCUUUACAGCAGUUUUACAACAGUUGAAAUAGCCCAGGUUUGGGUUGGUGCUGAGCACAGGGCAGUGAGGAGAAAGGGAGAAGGCUGUGCUGCAGGGCAGGUGGAUGUAGGCAGAACCAAUUUGGGCAGCAGCCUUGUCUAACAGCAUUUCAUUUUCCAGUUCUACUACCUUGCAUUUCAUUUUGCACUUCUGCUAGAACUGCAUGUCAACAGGUUUCGAAUAUCCUCAGUCCCAGUAGCCUGCUUGAAUGUGCUGUGUCUUUAUCAGACCAUUGAUGGUCCUUCUGAAAUGUGAGUCUCACUGGCUGGUUUGAGACAAAGAUGAGUUUGGUGGGUCAAUUUUACUUUGAGAACUUGAGAAGCACAGGAAGCCCAAGUGAUGGUCCCAGAGGGUUGAACACAGAGGUUUCACCCUCCCAGAUAUUCAAGGCCUUAACCUUAAAACCACUGCUCUCAGCACGGAGCUGUCUCAAUGCUGCAUUUAUGUUUUCUCCUCCUUGUGCAUGUGUAGAAUUGAAAUCCUCUUGGGGAGGAAGCUUAUUCCAAGUAAAUUCCUAAAGAAUCAGCUGAAAAAAACCACUGAAAUGUUCUUUCACUUGGUUUGCUACUCCCUGCCAAAUGCAUGUGCAUGCCAGGUCUUGAGCCUGGGACUGGAGCUGAGCCUUGAAGGAGGAAUUGAAACAAUGGAUACAAGUGCAAGUAUGGAUACAAAUGCAAGUAAUAACACAAUAUACAUAUACAAACAAGUAGAAGUCCAAUUCACAUAGAGGGAAUGCAUCAAAACGCAGCAGCAAUUGCAAAUUCAGAACAAUACAAGCCAAAUACAUAUGAACACAAUAUUACCAUUUUUCUAUUUCUGAAAAGUUGAUUACACCUUGCUUUAUUGCUACAGGAGACCACAAUAUAAGCCAAAAUAGGUACACACAGUAUAAGCACACACUGUAAGCCAGCAUAAUUACAUGCAAUAUAAGUACAUACAAUACAAGCCAACAUAGGUACAUACAAUAUAAGCCAACAUUUAAGGAAAGAACAUAAAAAAUUAGGGGUACCCAUUGCAAGCAUAUGUAUAAGCUGUCUUUAUUUAAAGAUCCGCUUUAAUUGACAUUUUGUGGAACCACUCUGAGGGCAAGGUCCAAAAAGCUUCGUUAACCCCUUGUCCUCCACUGGUUGGGCAGCAUCUGACCCCAAUGCUCAAGGGCUGCAUGGAGAUUCCUCCCUGGAGUGGGCUCACUCCUUGAGGAUGAGCCAUAAGGAUUUGAUUGUUGGACCGGUUGAGUAAGUAUUUCUACUUAGUAAUUGUUUUUGCUGGCUUUAAUGCCGUGGCUGCAGUGUUCCUUCAGAUGUCAUGCCCUGCUCCAGCAGUUACAGCUCCUGUGCUGGGCAGGGAAUGCUUCUGGGGAAGGGCUUUCAGUCUCAUUAGUUCCCAUUUAAAUCAAUCAAGCUAUAUCUAAGUACCGGUGGCCAAAGGUUUUACCACUUGCCUCUGAUUCAUCUGGCAUUGGCCAGAGGUUUGUGGGAGCUGGUGGACUGUUCUACUCCUCAUUAUUUCCCAAACAGAAUUUGGCUAACUAGAAGAGGCACAGAUGAUGCCUGCAAUUUUGUGACAUGAAGAAACAGCCUGUCACUGGAGAGUCCCAGACCUUUGCUUCCUCAGCCUCUGCAGGUCUGGCACAUGGAAAACCCAGAGGCACUGAAUUAUCCCACUCAAGCAGCCAAAUGUUAACAACCUCUCCAAAGCCUAAUUUCCCUUUGAUAUAGACUUACUUGUUUGCGUCACCUACUGGGCUGGGGGAGGGCUAUAAAAUGGCUUGCAACAAUUGUCGGAGGCAGAAGAGAGUCCAGGAACAGCUCCCUCUACCAGUAUCCCUAUCUCAGCACUAGUGACAAGCUGAGCAUCAUGCAGCUGGUGGCCAGCCUGGUGUCCGUGCUGCUGCUGGCGUGGAGUGUGAGAGCCACGACGCUGCCCGGGGAAGAGAGACUGCAGAGCACCAGGGAACGGAGUACCGUCCACAAGGACGUCAUUCUGAAGAUGCUGGCAGGGCUGCUGGACGGCGUGGACGCGGGCAGCGAGGCAGCCUUGCCGGAUGGGGAGGAGGAGGAGGGCAAGCUGCAGGAGGAGCGGGCAGCGCUGGGGCGGCUUGCCCAGCUCCCGCAGCGAGACCGCAAGGCGCCCUGCAAGAAUUUCUUCUGGAAAACCUUCACCUCCUGCUAGUGCUGCCCGGCCUGGCCUUGCCAGCCUGCAAACACCUUCCCACAACUCAUCUUCCUUGCCCGCCCAGCUCGUUCUCUGUGCCCUGCACGCCUCAGAAUAAAGCAUAGCGCCUCGGGGA